UCACAGAUGAUUUGGUUAAUGUAAAUUAAAUAACACUUGAAAUACCAAUAAAAAUGCUAAAAAAAUCCAAGAAAAGAAAGAGUAAGGAAAAAUUUGCUUGAAAGUAUAAAGAAACAAAGACUAGCAUCCCAUGAAACAGGGCUUGAAUGUAACUUAAAUUUUUAUAGAAGAAGAAAGAAAAAUGUUGAUAAGAUAUUUUAACUCCCUAUCCAGCAAGGAUGCUCAAGAUUCGUAUCUUGCAAGUUUAAUAACUUUAAAUAACGUUUCAAAAAGAAGACCACGAAACAUUAAUUUAAAAGAUUAUAAUAGCAAUUACAAAUAUAAAUUUUUAAUUACAAAUCACGAGAUACUUACGAGUUCGUUUAUUUAUGUUUGCUUUUCUGCGUUUAUUUUAAUCUUUGGCAUGAAGGAUGGAAGAUUAGAGACCAUUAAAAGAAGCCUUUUAACUAAAGGUCACUCUCCCCAUGAUAGAAGAGAUAAACACAAGAAUCAGUAUAACAAUUUUACUCCUCGACUAAAAAAUAAAAUAUGUGAUUGCAUUUCUUCUUUCAGAGAAUUUACAAAGCCUGAACAACAAUUGCAUGAGCUUGAGUUACAGAAAGAACAGCACCACAAAGAUGCAGAAAUAUUUUAUAUUAGGAAAAGAAAUGCUUGAUUUAAAGCACAAAGGAAGUACAAAUUUGAGGCAAUUGCUUUUGAUUUCCGAAAAAAUCUUAACUUACCAAAUCAAUCAACCAACGACUUAUACUACAAACGAAAAUUAGCAUUUUAUUCAUUUAAUAUUCACGUGCUUUCAAGCAAUGAAGUUUAUUUGUAUUGUUAUGAUGAAACUAUAGCUAAAAAAGGGGCUGAUGAAGUAACUUCGAUGAUUUUUUUAUAAAAUAUUUAGACAAAGAAAUUUGAUCUGUAGAGCUUUUUUGUGAUUCAUGUGCUGGCUAAAACAAAAACUAUACAUUAAUUCGUUUUAUGGAUUUUCUUGUUCAUGAAAAAAAAAGGUUUGAAUUUAUUAAAGUUACAUUUCCAUAACAUGGUCAUUCUGUUAUGGAAUGUGAUAAAGAUAUGGGAUUAAUUAAUUGCAAAACAACUUUUAGUGAUCCAUCAGAUUGGAUUAAAACAUUCAAAAAUGCUCGUAAAAAACCCACUCUGUUUCAUCUUAUAUAACUAACGUAAGGUAUGGUUAAAAGUAUAACUGAUUUUAUGAGACCAUUUUAUAAGAAUAAAUGUCCAAUUCCAACUUGUCCUCUUUUUGAAAUUUGUUUCAGAGGAGACUCAAGUGGCAUUGUAUUUCAUUGAGGUUCGUGGAAUGGGUUAUUGUUGAAAACUAAUUUAAAAAAUAAUAGGAAGAACACUAUAAAUAGUGAAAUCCCCAUUUUGUAUAAUGCAAAACUUGGCAUCUCUUUAGCAAAGUACAGAGAUUUACAAGUGUUAAAAAGGUUUAUAUCCAAUGCUCAGGUUUUCAAUUCUUUGCCAUAUAAUCAGGAGGUUAUCGAGACAUUUCAUAAAAAUAUUGAUUCUGAAGAUGAAGAGUAAAUAGACUUCUUUUUUUUAUUUAAAUUUUGUUUUUAAUUGUUUUUUUCUUAGUGUUUCUUGACAAAUUUAUAAUCUUUAAUAUCUUUCUUCUUUGCUUCACUUUAUACAACAAUUUAUAUAAUUAAUAAUCACAAGAUAUUGAAUAUAUCUUUAAAUUAUUAGUCAGGGUAUGAAAAUAAUUUUUUUUUUGUUUUUGUUUUUUUUUUGUUUAUAUCGUGUUACAGCAUAGUCAUAAGAAUAAAUAGUCUGGAAAUAAAGGCAGUUUCCAUUGUUUUGCCGUUUUAUGUUGAAACUCGUAUCAACGACCCGCUGAAGGUGCACAGAAAGAUAAACAAAACUAUAUCUCUUUAAGAGUUUGAACUGAAGACUGGUUUUAAGAUUUAAUUUAUAUAGUUUUUGAAAAUUUUUUGUAUUAAUUAUUUUUCUAAUCUCUUAAGAAAAAUUUAUUUAGUUUUAAAAA